GCCACCCGCGGAAGGUCAGCGGGACGCCAGCCGCUCGGCGCCUGCGCGGACGUCGGACGUCCGUCACCAUGACAGCCCCCGCUGGGGGCCCGGGAUCUUGGAGUGAAAAUAUAUUGGAAUAUUUUCUGAGAAAUAACCAGAUUACAACAGAAGAUGGCGCUGAGAUCAUCUGGUAUCAUGCAGCUAAUCACAAAGCACAAAUGAAUGAAGCGCUGAAAAGUUCUGCUCACAUGAUAGAGGCUGAUGUCCUUCUUCCAAAUGAUGGAUCAGAGCAUGGCCAGCCAAUAAUGGCCCACCCUCCUGAAACAAACAGUGAUAAUACCCUACAGGAGUGGCUGACUCAAGUUAUGAAAAGCAGUAAAGGCAUCAAGCUGGAUUUCAAGAGUCUGGCAGCUGUAGAACCAUCCAUGAUGCUCUUGGAAAAUGUGAAGAAGCAUCUGAAGCGUCCUGUGUGGAUUAAUGCUGAUAUUCUUCCUGGUCCAAAUGGAAAUAGCAAAGUAGUAGAUGCAAAACCAUUUAUAGAUACUGUGACAUCCUACUUUCCAGAUGUGACAUUGUCCCUGGGUUGGACAACAGGAUGGCAUCCUGAGAAAGUCAAUGAAGGGUACAGUUGGACAAUGGUGAAAGAGAUGGAAUAUAUCUGUAAUGAACUAAAUCAGCCCGUAACAUUCCCGGUGAGAGCGGCAUUAGUCAAGCAGUCUUGUUCUCAAUUACUUUGGCUAUUAAAGAAAUCAAACAGAUACAGCCUGACUAUUUGGACUGGGAAAAAUGAUCACUAUUCCACUGAAGACUUACUUUAUAUUAGAGACCAUUUCGACAAAAAACAAGUUUUCUAUGACAUCUUGGAACCACAAAACCAUGAAUUUAAACAAGCUGUUGGAAUCAAAGUUAACCUGUAAGAAGAGUCUUCUAAGUAUGGUUUCAUGACCCUUCUCUGCAUUGGUCUGAAUUAAUUAUCCUGUAAAUUAUGAUUAUAGGCUUACGCUCCAAUUCACCCAAUCAAGAAACAUUGAUUGUAUACUGACUCAGCAUAUGUUCUUACAAUAGUGCAUCUAUGUAAAAGGUUUGGAAAGGAGAUUUCAGUGGCCUAGUAUAACAAUAAUUUAGGAAAAUGAUACUCUGAAUCCCUUUAUAAUGAGUAACUUUGAUACAACUGAAGAUGAAUAAGAGAAUCCACAUGUGUCAUAAAACAGGUAUAAAUCACAUUGUAUUGUCACUUGCAUUACAGAAAGUAUGAAAAAUAAGGCACUCUCUUUUCCUUUUUCUUAAAAACUGAUUAUUUAGAGAUAAAAAUAGGAGGGCUUUAAAAAUGUUUUUAACUUUCAUGGGGGUGAGCAUCUGUCUCAUACCAUAUCUAUAGAUUAGAUGGAUCUAGAAUUUCCUUUUUGUUGGGAAACAUAGGAGCAGCUAAGUAUAUUUUUUGUUUCUAUAGUAUCUUAUCCAUAGUGAAAAGUAGACUGUUGGAGAGCGUUUCAAGCCUUGUAUCAUUUGCUUCCCAAAUUUCUCACUGCCACCACCUUCGUUUAGGUCCUUGUUGUACUAUUAGAAUCUCAUGAACUACAUCUGACUGCAUUCCUCACUCUGCUCAAAGAUGCCCUAAGUUUUUCUGCAAAACAAAAGUUUCUUAGGCUGGGUGCAGUGGUGCACGCCUAUAAUCCUAGCACUCUAG